AUGAAUUAUUUGAGUAGUGUAGGGCUUGGUCUGAGUCUUGUUUUUGGGUGUCUUUUGCUGGCUUUGCUUUUUGAGAUUUACUACUUGUUAUGGUGGAAAAAUAGGAUUAUCAAGAGAAGUAAUGAAGAUGGUCAUUACAAUAGCCCAGCAAAAGAAUUUUUCUACAAAUUAUGUUGCAAAAAGUCAUCUUCUUCAAGCACAACUGGUGCUCAAGAAAUAAGUUUCUCAGAGACAUUUUAUCAAACACCGCAAGCACAACAAAUUCAUGACAGUUCAAACAACAACAAGGACUUGCAGUUCAAUCCCUUUGGAUCAGAAGAUAUCAUGCCAAGGUUUCUCUUCACUAUAGAAGAAGAAACAAGAGAAGAUUUGGAAUCUGAAAAUGGAAGAUCCAGUUUUGACAUCAUUAGGAAAAAAACAAGAAGUAAAAGUUUGAGUGAUUUACUUCACAAUAUUGCUGAAACUCCAUUCUUGACUCCUGUUGCUUCACCCCCAUAUUUUACUCCUCCUUUAAGCCCAUCAUCAUCAUCACCAUUACCAUCAGAUUAUAUUCAAAAGGGCUGUUUUAAUCCACUACAUGAAUCAGAAGGUGAUGCAGUAUUCAAUAUAUUGAGGUCUUCCCCACCUCCAAAAUUGAAGUUCUUGAGUGAUGCAGAAGAUAAACUUUAUAGGAGAAAAUUCAUGGAAGAAGAAGUGGGACUUAGUCAAAAUCACAGUUUCGUAGAAGAGUAUCAUCCUUCAAGCGCUUCGUCGGAGGAUUCUUGUCCUCCAUACUAUAACAGCAAUCCCAAUAUCAUGAUGAAUGAAUUAACCAAUUGA